UAUUUGAGAUUGAAAGAGGUCAGAACUGAGACUGUGUCUACCUCUUGGGUUUACAAGACGAACAAGUUCUUUUUCGGAAUACAAGUGUUGGAAUCGAGAAGAAAUUUCACCACGAUGGAACCAGAGAGUGGUAACCACGUCUCCGUGGUAAGGAAACGAACCUUCUCUGAGAUGGUAGAUGAAAGAUGUGUUGAAAAGAAGCGAAAACCAUUCUCGCCUCACUCUCCCAGGGAGUAUUCCUCUGAUGAAGGCCGAACCGUCAUCGAGGAGAAGGCAGAUGAUGUCGACAACGCUGACUUUGAAUCUCAUGAAGAGAAAAGGAACCGUCGAAUUCGAACGACCUUUAACCCGGAUCAACUUCGGGAAUUGGAAAGCAUCUUUCAGGUGACCCACUACCCGGAUGUGAAAACGCGAGAUGAGUUGUCAAGCAAGACAUCACUUCCGGAGCAACGAAUACAGAUCUGGUUUCAGAACCGGAGGGCCAAGUGGCGCAAGUUUGAGCGGCUGGGCAAUUUUGGCGGGCUCGAAGAACUGAAGAAUACCGAGAUCGUUCCUGCUCCACGCUCCGUCCCGAGGAUGGACCUAGCCGUACGAUCAGAUGAUCACCCGAAACGGGAUCCGAGUAUCGGGUCGUCGAAUCCACUCUCGUCAUCCGAUCGUCCUCCUGUUACGUCACCAUUGUUCCACCACUACGCCGUCCCAUCAUUCCCUACGCCUCUCAGCGUUACAUCACCGUCAUAUUUUCACUCUCCUGCACGGUACUAUCCUUUGAUGCCUCCUCCACACGCGUACCAUCCGGAUCCCAACAUCCUGGCACUGCGGCAAGCACACCUAGCUCCCCAAGAAUUCACUCAACCAUCUGUUUCAAAACUCUUUCCGAACGACUUCGUUAUACAUCGGCCUGAGCUCAAGAGUCAAACGAAUACUCCCGAUGAUUGCCGAAGAGCUUCGGAUCUUCGAUUGAAAGCGAAAGAGUACGAAACUGCUGUUGGCCUGCAAUACAUGACUUAUCCACAUCUAUACAAUCCUUAUUAUUUUCAUCAUAGAUGAACAUCGUUUAAGAUAAUGAUUCCAAAGACUUUUAAAAUCCAUCUCAAAUUUAUUUUAGAUAAAACAUGUUCUGGUCAAGUAAUGUAAAAUGUAAUGUUACAUGACUGUAAGAGGUUAAAAGCCACCCAACUUAUAUUUUCGUUUUAGGUUAAUUUGAUGUGAUAAUGAUAAAAAAGAUGUCUCGAAAUGGAACGUUUCAUAUGAAUAAAGGUUCGAAAAUAAAUUCGACCUUUGAAUGAUUGGUGUAAUGACACACGGUCACUUUUAUCUUUUUCGAGACACACAUCGGUGAAUCCUUUCCAAAUAGCCGGCGUUUUUCAGAAUUUUUGCAUGAGCACCCGCCAUGUUCACAAUGUCAUGGUUCCAUGCAAAGUCGAACGGCCGAUCUCGAGUUCAGUGGCGUAAACGCCAGUGUGCACUUAUAGGACUGGAGCCCCCUGGAGCGUAAUCCACCUUUAUCGUUUUCUUGUUUUUUAUUUAAUAAAAGAGAUUUUUUAAUUGUUCGAUGUAUUACAAC